AUGACAACGACAACAAAUCAAACAUCUGCACUAACACAGAUCUUUGCUGAUGUUCGUGUACAACUUGCUCGCUAUGUCUAUUGUCCCACAUUCGUCAUGGGAAAUAUCGGUAAUACUCUUAAUAUUUUUGUCUUUGCUCGUGAGCCAUUACGUACAAGUGUAUGUUCAAUCUAUUUUCUUAUUAUAUCUAUUUCAAAUCUGAUUUUAAUCAAUAUCAGCUAUUUAACAAGAAUAUUACCAACAUUAGAUGUACCUGAUCCAUCUCGUAAUACACUUUGGUACUGUAAAGGUCGUGCUUAUAUCUCGGGAUUAUUUUUAACACUUACGCGGCAUUUUCUAUGUCUAAUUGCUAUUGAUCGGUUUUUAAUUACAUCAACAAGUGUUGCUUUGCGCAACUUUAGUUCUUUCAAAGUAGCAAAACGGCUUGUUCCAAUAAGUUGUUUGAUUUGGGCAAUUUUUUAUGUACAUACUUUAAUUGGUUAUGAAAAUACACGUGGUGGAACAAGUUGUGGUCGACAAGCAGGUUUUUAUAGUACAUUUACGACUGUAUGUACUGUAUCGAUUGAUGCUAUUAUACCAAUUGUUGUGAUGAGUGUAUUUACUUUAUUGAUGAUCAAACAAAUUCGUGCAUUACGUUUACGACGAGAAAAAAACGUUAUUUCUUCAAAAACUUUCACGAUCAACAAAAGGCCUGUGAUGACUAUUACUGGAACAAUCGAACAUAACGAUCAAAUGGGCGGACAUAACCAAGCGAAUAAUUGGGACGCACAACGGCAACAAGAGAAACAUUUAACAAGACUUUCAUUUGCACAAGUUGUUCUCUACAUUAUGCUCAACUUACCAAAUGCCGUGUAUGUUGUUUAUAUGUUGGUUGCAACAAAUAACAAGAAAACAGCAGAUGAAAUAGCCAUUGAAAGUUUUGUUAGUUCAUUUGCAUCAAUAUUAACCUAUGUUUAUCUCACGCUCAAUUUCUACAUAUAUACAUUAUCAUCGAAGACAUAUCGAAAGAAAACGAAACAAGCUAUUCGGCGAUAUUUUAACAUACGAUCAAUUCAAAUAACUUGUGCUUAA